AUGAAAUACUUUCGCUUAAUUCUGGCUUUAGCGCCAGUUAUUGAUUCGUCUUUCGCUCAAUUUAGUCCUAAUGCUGGUGGAUCAAGUGGCCCAGGUGGCAGCAAUGAUACCAGUACACCUUCUUCAAUUGCUCCAGCUCCUUCUGGAUCUUCAUCCUUAAGCAGUUGGGGUGUAUCUAGUGUACCAUCUAGCACACCUCCAAGCCCUUCUGAUACAACAGUCUUUGGUACGACCACAUCCAAUACUGAAUCCUGGAAUACCGUUGUUGUUUCUACAGAGGUCUGUUCCCAUGAAGGUUGUACUAAUUCAAUGAUCACAACCACAUCUAAACCAGAUAGUACUAGCGCACCAUCCAGUGCUUCAUACGGUAUUCCAAGUUCCUCUCACAGCUCGCUUGCUGCACGCUCAUCAUCCAGUGCACCCUCUGGUCCAUCUGGAAGCUCCAGCGUACCAUCUGGCUCAUCUAAUACUCCAUCUGUGCACACCGCUUCAAGUCUCUCUACCGUCGUAACUACAAUUAGUGGUACAACGACCUCUUACGUUACAUGGUGCCCCUUGACUUCCGGCUCUAGUUCACCAUCUAGUGCGCCAUCCGGACCAUCUGGCUCAUCUGGUGUUCCAAGUUCCUCCUACAGCUCGCUUGCUUCACGUUUCUCAUCCAGUAGCUCAAGUGCUCCUGCUAGUAGCUCAAGUGCUCCUGCUAGUAGCUCAAGUGCUCCUGCUAGUAGCUCAAGUGCUCCUGCUAGUAGCUCAAGUGCUCCUUCUGUUCCAUCAAGUUCCGAUACAACAGUCGUAGGCACGACCACUUCAGCUACUGAAUCCUGGAAAACCAUAACUAUUUCUACUGAGGUCUGUUCUCAUGGAGGUUGUACUAAAUCGAUGAUUACCACUACAUCUAAACCAAGUGCAUCAUCUAGCGCACCAUCCAGCGCACCAUCCAGCGCACCAUCUCUCUCUGUACACACCGUUUCAAGCCUUUCUACCGUUGUGAGUACAAUUAGCGGUACAGUGACUUCUUACACUACAUGGUGUCCCUUGACUACCACUUCUAGUUCACCAUCUAGUGCACCAUCUAGCAGUUCAGGUUCAUCAUCUAGUAUUCCAAGUUCAUCGUACAGCUCAGUUGCUGCACGUUUCUCAUCCAGUGCUUCCGGUAGUUCAAGUACUCCAUCUCCAACUGUGCACACUAUUUCAAGUCUUUCUACCAUUGUGAGUACAAUUAGCGGUACAGUGACUUCUUACACUACAUGGUGUCCCUUGACUACCACUUCUAGUUCACCAUCUAGUGCACCAUCUAGCAGUUCAGGUUCAUCAUCUAGUAUUCCAAGUUCAUCGUACAGCUCAGUUGCUGCACGUUUCUCAUCCAGUGCUUCCGGUAGUUCAAGUACUCCAUCUCCAUCUGUGCACACUAUUUCAAGUCUUUCUACAGUUGUGAGUACAAUUAGCGGUACAGUUACCUCUUACACUACAUGGUGCCCGUUGACUACCACUUCUAGCUCACAAUCUAGUGCAGCUUCCAGCCCAGCUGUUAGCUCAAGUACUCCAGCUGUUAGCUCAAGCACUCCAGCUGUUAGCUCAAGCACACCAGCUGUUAGCUCAAGCACUCCAGCUGUUAGCUCAAGUGCAUCAUCUGUUAGCUCAAGUGCAUCAUCUGUUAGCUUAAGUGCACAAUCCAGCCCAUCUGCUAGCUCAAGUACUCCAUCUGCUAGCUCAAGUAUAUCAUCCGGUAGCUCAAGUGCACCAUCUAGUACACCAUCCGGACCAUCUGGCUCAUCUAGUAUUCCGAUUACCUCCUACAGCUCGCUUGCUGCACGCUCAUCAUCUAGUGCACCCUCCGGCCCAUCUGGUAGCUCAAGUGCUCCAUCUAAUGUCACUACUCCAGUCAGCAGUUCUACCAUUGGUACUACUACGUCAGGUUCUGAUACAACACUCGUUGGUACGACCACUUCAGCUACUGAAUUCUGGAAAACCAUAACUGUUUCUACUGAGGUCUGUUCUCAUGGAGGCUGUACUAAAUCGAUGAUUACCACAACAUCUAAACCGAGUGCAUCAUCUAGCACACCAUCUAGUAUUCCAUCUGGUCCUUCCAGUAGCUCGAGUGCGCCAUCUCCAUCUGUGCACACUGUUUCAAGUCUUUCUACCGUCGUGAGUACAAUCAACGGCACAUCGACCUCUUACACUACAUGGUGCCCCUUGACUUCCGGCUCUAGUUCACCAUCUAGUGCACCAUCUAGCACACCAUCCGGUCCAUCUAGCAGUUCUAGUGCACCAUCUAGCACACCAUCCGGUCCAUCUAGCUCAUCUAGUGUUUCGAUUACCUCCUACAGCUCGCUUGCUGCACGCUCAUCAUCUAGUGCACCCUCCGGCCCAUCUGGUAGCUCAAGUGCUCCAUCUAAUGUCACUACUCCAGUCAGCAGUUCUACCAUUGGUACUACUACGUCAGGUUCUGAUACAACACUCGUUGGUACGACCACUUCAGCUACUGAAUCCCGGAAUACCGUAACUGUUUCUACUGAGGUCUGUUCCCAUGGAAGCUGUACUACAUCAACAAUUACCAGCACAUCUAAACCUAGUACACCAUCUAGCACGCCAUCUGGUAGCUCAUCCUCUACUAAACCAAGUGGAUCAACCUCAAGUGGCUCAAAACCCGCUAGUUUGACAACCACCUCCGAAUCGAGUACUCCAGUCCUAUCUUCGUCCCAGGCAUCGGAAACAACACACAUUACUUCUAGUAUUUUAACAGUAAUAACCACCGUUAGCGGCACUGCAACCUCUUACACCACUUGGUGCCCAUUAACGUCCACUACUGUUGGUUCCUCUACGGGCUAUAUUCCAGUUACCUCGGCUUCUAGUACGCUAUCAUCUACUGAAGCAGGUUCCAGCUCUGGUCCCUCCUCUAGUACUUCUUCCUCUGUUCCAUCAUCUACCUAUUCUGAAAGCUCUUCAAGUGCACCAUCUGUUCAAUCCUUUAGUUCAAAACCAGCCUCAAGCAGGCCUGGUAGUUCUCUGGUUUCUUCAUCCCAAACUGAAAGCAAACCAUCCACUGCAAGCACCGUAUCUACCGUUAUUACCACUGUCAGUGGAGUUUCAACUUCCUACACAACUUGGUGUCCAUUGACUUCUUCGACUGAGUUCGGUGCUCCUUCUAGUAGUCCAGUAUCUAGUAGCGGUGAUACAACUUCUACCGCAGUUUCAACCACUGAAGCAACUCCAGCCCCAUCUUCCUCUGGUGCAGCCCCAAGUUCUUCGGCGUCUGUGGAAGCAUCCUCUCAUACUACUGAUACUUCAUCAAGUACACCUCAAGCUUCUAGCACAAUUUCAACUGUUAUAACUACAGUUAGCGGUGUAUCCACUUCUUAUACCACUUGGUGCCCAUUGUCUGAUUCUAGUGCUACUGCCUCUGGUUCUUCUUUUGCUGAAACUUCUCCAGCGGCUACUGGAUCUACAGCUCCAAGUCAAGCUAUUUCUAGUGGAGUUCCUUCAAGUACUUCGGCAGCAUUUUCUUCACUUGCACCAGCUUCUCAAACCACUUCUUCACCAACUUCAACCGGCGGUGUUACGACUGAAGUGGCUAACUCUUGGAAGACCGUCACUAUUUCGACCGAAGUCUGUUCCAAUGGUGCUUGCGAAACGUCUGCCGUUGUAACAACCACUCCACAUGUGAUUACUCACUAUAGUACCUAUGUUUACACCAGCAGCUGGGGUAAUCACUCGUUUACAAAUACAAGUGGUCCCGUACCGUCCUCGACAAGCCUCCAAAGCUCAUUGGCUCCAACUACAGCAGCACCAAGUGCAAAUUCCACUCUUUCCACGAUCCAAACUACCAUUAACGGGACUUCAACAGUUUAUUCCACUUGGUGCCCAUUGACUGCAACUUCCUCAGACCACGUUACUGCUAGUGAAAAUACCAAAAUACUAGCUUCCACUUCAAGCACCCUGUCUUCUAGUUCUCAGGUACCCACGUCAGCUGCUAACAAUAAGAACAUUGAUGCUACAGCAACUAAACCAAAGGGUACUUCCUCCUCAGCUCCUAAUGCUGGCGCUUCCACAUUUUCCGGACCCUCCAUCUCUGCUUACAGUGGUGCAGCCGGGAGAUUGAUUAGGAACCGUUCUCUAUCUUUAUUAGGAGCUCUUGUAUUCCUAAUUUGA